AUGAACGAUAAUAUUAAUAAUAAUGAACAUAAACUUAUAUUUGAUUAUAUCAAUGGUAAUAUAGAUAAAUCAUACAAACAGCUUUACUUGAAUUCAAUGACAAAUAAAAAUAAUUGUAAAUUAAUUAUUCGUGAAUAUGCAACUAAAAUGAGUGGACAAACUGUAUUCGAUUAUGUAACAUUAAAUGAAAGACUAUGUGACUAUGUUAUACCUCGUAAUUGUAAUUCAGUUACAAUGCCAAGUGUUAUCGAUGAGAAGAAUCUCGAGUAUCUUAGUUUGGCUUUGUACAACUCGAAUGUCACCGAUGUCAGUGGUUAUCAACCGACAAAGAGUGGACCGCUCUCACACAAGUUGAAAUCGAUUGUUUGGUUUAAAUUGAAAACGUUGGAACCUGGCAGUUUCUUUGAGGGACUCACUACCGUUCAACUUUGGAAUGUGACAUCUAUUCCGGUGGGUGUGCUACCUCUGUCACUAAGAAAGUUUACAGUUGGAUCAAUCAAGGAGAAGCUUGUACCUGGUUGUUUUCCCAAUGGUUUGGUGGAGCUAAGCAUCACGGGACACAAUUAUAACUCGUUUGAACCGGGAGUAUUGCCUUUGUCAUUGCGAAGGCUAACCGGUUCAGUAAAGUUAUCGACACUGACAACUCCACUGAAAUUGACGAAAGGAUCACUACCACCGAAUCUAGAGUUCUUUAGUUUCGAUCCACUCGAUCCGUUGGACGACGAUGUAGAUCUACCGAUGUCGUUGGAUACUCUAAAGAUAGCGCCAUUCUCAUGGAUACCAAAGAUUAGAGUGCUUUCGAAUCUACGACGAUUGGAAUUAGUUGGCCAUACCGAUUCUCGAUUAGCAUUCGGUGACAUUCCGAAUGGAGUUUACUCUUUAUUAAUAUCUAAUUGUAGUUUCAAUGGAAAUGUACUACCUUUAUCUGUGAAGCAUCUGCAUUUGGUUGAUUGUGAAUAUUCAUUCACAGCCGAAAGUGGUGGAGUUCAACGACAAUUGGAUAAAUUGAUAUUGUCUGGAACAACCAGAUUCAACAAUACACUUUUCACAUUGAAAAUAGCGCUACUCGAUCUCAGAGAGUAUCAACACCCACUGAAUGUUCAAGAGGAGAUUGCACCAUCGCAAAUAGAGCAGGUUAAAUUCUCAUCGAAAUCUCUUUCAAAGAUUUUCGCUGACCAAACGAUGGUGGAGCUACCGUAUAUCCAACAGCAAAUCAUUGCUACAAAGGCUAGACAGUUUUUGGAAUCCAAGUUUUUGUUAAGUAGAUCCACCAACUUUACAAAGCUUAUAUUGACCACUGCUAGGACUGGUCAAGGAUGGACAAAACUUCGUUUAAUCGAUUCCAAUGGAUAUUAUAUUUUGAUUGGUAAACUCUCUUUCCACUUAAUGGUCGGAAUAUUCCACGAGUCUAAUUGCACACAGCCUCUUAAAAAUCUCAUUGUAGUUAUAAAAUAUAUAAAUUACUAUAUGAUCAAAUAA